GACCUCUGGCUGCUGGUGGACCACGUAAGCGGUUCCUCCCGCUAGAAAAGGCAUUCCUCGACCUGCUACACCAUGUUUGGCCUCGCAAUUCGCUGGCCAAGGGGCACGGAAACUACUGCCACGUACCAUAAAGUCAAGGAACAAAUUACUUAUCGAAGCGAGGAAACAAUCACUCCAGAGGGUGUGGUGGAAGGAGUGCGUCAUCCGGAACGCGUUCUCUUCCUUUUUUCCACAUGGCUGCCCAUUAACCGCUCGUUCUCGAUUGGACUCGUAGUUGUUAGAAGAUUUUAAUGUUCAAAUACAUUACUCCGUUGGGUCACUACAGCAUUCCCGUAUUACGUGCCCUGAACACGAAUUCUGCACUGAAGGGUUAAGAAGAUCGCGCAGUAAACAGUACGCCAGUUCUUGUUCUUCCCUUCAUAGCACCCUCGUCGCCUUGGGCUGAGCCGGGUUGCAAUGUGUUAGUAAGUGAUCGCGAUCUUCGCGCACGAAUGAGCCGCAUUCGUUCGCCGUUUUUUUUUUUUUUUGAAUGGAAACACACAAUGCGCAUGAUCCACGAGAUGUAGCGAUCGCUCGUUCGCGAUCACACUACGACAAACUCAGAGCUCAUUUGUUGUUGGUUCAACCUUGUUGGUCGUGGCCGGCUCGGCUCGGCGAUCGCGCCGUAUUUCGAGGCUAGCAGCAGCCCCACCACCAUAACCCGGUGCGACCUAAUUGGUGAAGGAACGGAAUUUAAUUUUGGAAUCACCAGACGCCCCCCAAAACCGAACAUCAAUUCCGGAUGGCCUCCGGUGGCUAUGGACCACAGUUUUAGGUUCUUGUUAUUCCAUUUUGUGAGUGAUAAAUCUGUCCUCUAGUGCGUUUCGUGCGUGUUUAUUUACUGUCCCGGAAGAUCUGGCGACGAUCAGAGUGUGGCAGCUGACGGAAACGACGGACAAGUUGGUGUUUUCGGUGCAAGAAGUUACGAUUUUGAAACAGCAGUUGUGUAGAGCUCGUCUACACGAUGAGUGACUCACCGUCGACCGAGCAGAACCGGUCGCCCGAUUCGGCCGAAUCGGCUCCACUACUGCCAUCCAGCGAUCCCAAGGAUACGACCGACGAGCGCGGCGUAACGGCUGGCAGUAUGGCUGGCGCCAGCAAGGAGCUCAAUCCGGACUCACCGGCGGCUGGGACGACGACGACCGACGGUGGUCUAGUGAUGGAAGCGAGCGGUAGUAGUCCAAAGGACGACAGCAUCAUGUCGCUGCUGUACUCGUUCGCCAAGAAGGUGGUAACGGUCGGUAUCAUCUACUUUGUCGGCUAUAUGGGCUGGUCGGUGGCGUGGCUGAUAACGCCCGUUAUCCUCUCGGUGGCACGCGAGUCGUGGCGCAAAAAGAGCGACACGCGGCGCACGGUGGCCAAAGCAUCCGCCCUGGCGAACGAUAAGGAUGUCAUCCUUGCCCGGCUGCACGAUCUACCGGCGUGGGUUUUCUUCCCCGAUGUCGAACGGUGUGAGUGGCUGAACAAGAUCCUGAAGCAAGUGUGGCCGAAUGCUAAUUUUUAUGCGAAAAAUCUCAUCAAAGAAUCGAUCGAACCGAACAUCCAGCAGGCGAUGGCUGGGUAUAAGCUGAAUGGGUUCAAAUUCGAUCGCAUGAUUCUGGGCACAAUUCCUCCUAGGAUCGGUGGCGUGAAGGUGUAUGAUAAGAACGUGUCCCGCAAUGAAAUCAUCAUGGAUCUGGACCUGUUCUAUGCCGGCGAUUGUGAUAUCAGCUUCGCACUCAGUGGUCUACGUGGUGGCAUCAAGGACUUCCAAAUACACGGUACCGUGCGCGUGAUCAUGAAGCCGCUGAUCUCGCAAAUGCCUCUGAUCGGAGGGUUGCAGAUAUUCUUCCUGAACAAUCCCAACAUCGACUUCAACCUAGUCGGUGUUGUAGACCUGCUCGAUAUGCCCGGAUUGAGCGACAUUUUGCGUAAAAUCAUUGUGGAGCAGGUGGCCGCCAUCAUGGUGCUCCCGAAUAAGCUGCCGAUUGUGCUAAGCGAUGGGGUCCCUGCACUGUCGCUCAAGAUGCCUGAACCAGAGGGCGUUCUAAGAAUUCACGUCGUCGAGGCGAAGGACCUCAUGAAAAAGGAUAUCAGCAUGCUUGGCAAAGGCAAAUCCGACCCGUACGCCAUCAUCUCUGUCGGUGCCCAACAGUUCCGCACGCAAACCAUCGACAACACCGUUAAUCCGAAGUGGGACUACUGGUGUGAGGCCUGUGUUGACGUGACGCACCAAACUUUGAUUGGCAUAAAGCUAUUCGACUGGGAUCGAACCGGUGACCACGACCCACUAGGAAGAGCCACGGUGGAAAUCAGCAGCGUCACGAAGAACGGUGAAAUUGACACGUGGCUAACGCUGGAGCAGGCCAAACAUGGUCUAGUGCACCUUCGCAUGACCUGGUUCAAACUGAGCUCGAGCAAAACGGAUCUUCGAACCGCGUUGGAAGAAACGCAGCAUCUGCGUGUGACGUCCAUGAGUACUGCCCUGUUGACGGUGUUUAUUGAUUCGGCAAAGAACCUGCCGCAAGCAAGACAACAAUCACAACCGGAUCCAUACCUGGUGCUGUCUGUUGGAAAGAAAACGGAACAAACCUCAGUUCAGAUGCGUACAGAUGCACCAGUUUGGGAGCAAGGAUUUACCUUCCUUGUCGGCAAUCCAGACAAUGAUACGUUCCAGCUGAAGGUGAUCGACCAAAAGACUGGUAACACGAUCGGAACGUUGACCUACAUUCUGAGCGCACUGAUGGAAAAGAAGAACCUCGAGAUUAUGUCGCAACCGUUCCAGCUGCAGAAAUCGGGCCCAGAGUCCAAGAUUCUCAUGUCGCUCUCGCUACGCAUUCUGAAGCGCCACCAGGAGGUGGACGUAGACAGACAGGCGGGCGAUAAGUCACCGGGCAGUGAGACUGAUUCGGGACUGACACGUUCAAGCUCCGUACGAGCACCGUCUCUUUCGCAAUCGGCCAGUCAGCAAGCUACUUCCAUGGAAGCGGCCACCUCCUCCGAGGGUCUAACACAUCAGGCCAGCAUUCGGAAGCAGGAAUCCCGCAAAUCGAACACUUCGGCCAUCGUCGAUCAGAUGUUGAUCCAGGAGGAACCGUUUGCUGUUUCUACGGUUAAUGCGGUCCUGAUGUCGACCCCGCCGCGCAGCCCGAAUCUGAGUGACGGCGGAACGGAACUGUUACGGCGCAGUCCGAGUACGACUUCAUCGGCCGGUUCGGCUGGUCUGGGCCGGAUUCAGCUAACGACCGCUUACAGUGUGCAGCGUCAGCGGCUGAUCGUGAUCGUACACAAGAUCAAUAAUAUUCCGCUGAAGGAUCCGAACAACAUUCCGGAUCCGUACGUGAAGCUGUAUCUACUGCCAGGUCGCUCGAAGGAAUCGAAGCGCAAGACGAACGUGGUGAAAGAUAACUGUGACCCGGUGUUUGACACCACGUUCGAGUACAUCAUCUCGAAUGCCGAACUCGUUAACUCGGAGCUAGAGGUGACGGUUUGCACCCAGAAGGGCUUCUUUGGUAGCCCCGUAAUUGGCAUGCAAAAACUCUCUCUCAACGAUCCGGAAAUUUCGAGCGGACAGGGCAUCCGGGCUUGGUACGAUUUGCUUCCGGAAUCGAAAUUUGAAUAAGCCGUUUAAAAACCGCACCUUUCAUUUCGAUAUUGUAUUUACUUUACUUACAACGAUCAAGCACAUACAGUGAUCGCACAGCGAAAGGAAUCGUUUUACUUUUAAUCAAUAAGAACACGAAGUAUGUUACUAUGCCAGUUUUGAUGGAUCCGCAUGUUGAAUCGAGUGAAAAUCGCACCGAUGUUUUGAGAACCGUAGCAUGGCUUGAUGUUUUAAAGAAUACUUUCCAAAAAUUUUGUCCCGCAAUAGGGAUCUCACUGGGUGCGUGUGCACAUAAUAUGUGCGUGUAAUGUUUGGGAAAUGUUCGUCAUCUGAAUCCACAGCAACAUACACAAGAGGGCAUUUUUAUCGAAAAUAAAUGAAAACAUGUUUUAAACACAAUCCUCAAGAUACAAAAAUGUUGAUACCCAUGACUACAAUUUGGCACCAUAAACGAUGGUUGCAAGGAAGACACCCUCCAUUUUAAUUGUUAGCUCAAGACGGAACAAUUUACUACAUUUGCCGUGAUGUGUGAAUAUAUUCUGAACACAUUACUAGAUGGUAGUUAGCCAUAGACGGGUAGUUAUUAUCAUUUGAAAAGCAGAGCUGGCGCCAACGAAUUUGAUUAGCUUCGUCUGCCACGCGUUUUAAAAUACAAUCAAUCGAAAGAUGUCUCCAAAAUGUGUCAAUUAAUUCGAAAGCUCCCUUUGAAAUUCGGUAUCAAUCGCGGUAUCCAGGGAGCGGUUCUUAGCUAUGAGCGUGUAGCGCUUAAGCCACCGUCUUGCCGGCCAACAAACAUUGCCUAACGAUGUUUUGGCGAGCGGCAAAAGGCAUGCAUGUAUGUAGUCUGUAGAAGGUUUGUUUGAACACCUUGGAUGGAAGAGCAGGAAGAACCAUCGCCUAGAAUCAUGCAUAUUGACCAUUUCUUGCGGCGAACUCAAACGUUUUGAACGUGUUCAGGUUGUGUAAAUAUUAAAUUUGCAUAGAUAUCCAACAGUGCUCUAUUCCGCUCUCUCGCUCUGUCAUCGAUUGCAUUUGCUUAGGAGAAAAAGGGUGAAUGUUACUAUAUCUUGCGUUUUGGAUUCAGCAGAUUCUGUCUAUCAUACCCCAUUGAUGCAUGUUAUGGGAACGAAUAGGGAAUAGCAAAGAAAAACCCAAAAAAUCCCAAGCAAAACUUAUCGAGUUUCCUCAGAAAAGGAUAAUCUUACAUAGCAACUGAUAAAUAUACAUUGGCAGAGGUGCUGUCGCAGCUUUUAGCACAUGGAUUUACACGGAACACAGGAACAGAUGCGAUAUUUAGAAACCUAUUCGUAAGCGGCCUACAGAAAUUGCUUACACUUUGUGAACAGAGAAAACAGGCAGAUAACAGAGAACGUGAAAACUGAGUGAGAACAGAAGAAGCCUUUCGGAAAUUCUCGUGAGUAUAAGGUAGAUGAGUGCAUUGAAGUCGAUACAAUACCUUUUAAAUGUUCGCUCUUUGCACCAUAUAAAAGUACUCCAUUAUCGCACAGCAUUGCUUGCUUCGCUGUAGGUUUUUUUUUGUAAAGAGGAUAUAUGAAAUUCAAAUUUUUGAACAGACCUAGCGCACUAUAAAGCCAGCGCACCAUCUGAACGUAUCUAAGUGGAUCAACCGUGCUUUGAGUAGUGUGUGCAUUAGUACAACGCGCCAGCAGCCGUAACAACUCGUGAACGCAAAGCGAAAAAAAUAAAAAAGAAAUGAAAAUGUUGUUCCGUUCCACCGCGA